AAUUGUAGGCGUGACGCGGUAACCAUUUUUCUAUGAGAUUUUUUAUGGGUGGGGGUGUUUUAGGGGGAGAGAUUUUACAUCCUUUUCAGCGGAUAUUUGAACAGGGUUUGUUUGAAACCGAAAACUAGGACAGAAAAGCCACCUUCGGACUGGGGCGGACAGAUAUGACGAAACGCGCAUUUUAUCCUUAAAGAGCGGCGAUUAUGUGUGGGAGAGCGAAUUGCAUAUUAGUAAAUGUGCGGUUGUCUUCGUCACUUUGAGCGUAACACCUGCCUUUGCUACAGCCAUCUGACAGAUGGGGUCUGAGCACAAGGUUGUCGGGAAUAGAAGCCGGUGCAUCUUCGCUUCUAUGGCCCUCGUUUCCAUUGCAGUCGUCGUAUUUGUAAUUACAGCGUUUUCUUACAAGGAGUCAAGGAUUUGGGAUGACAGAUGGAAAUUUCAACACCUGAAUGCCACUACCUUGCCGAAACUCUUCCAGACGCAGUCCAACAGCUAUGUGUUCCUUGCAGCUGCAGCAAUAAACGACACACAGACAGACCUGGGACGCCUCAAAUGGGAGGAACAAGGGCUCCUUCAGAAGAAUGUGCGCCUGGUCCAGACGAAGACCAUGAUAUCUGUGAAUGAGCCGGGCAUCUACUUGCUGUUCACCCAGGCAACCUUCAAGCUAACAGAACGAAACAGCACAGACCUGGAGCUCCGGGUCUACCUUAAGUACCAGGAGAGAGAGGACGAGAUCUCCGCCACAUUUCACAAGGCCUGUGAGACUAGUACAGACAGAGAUGCAGUCCUCAGCCACUCCGUCCUGCUGCGCAUUGUUCAGGGCAACAACAUCAGCAUCUCAGCCAAUCCAAGCAGGCUAGUGGACCGGGACUUGAACCCUGUAACCAGCUUCCUCAUUCUCCUCAAGGUCGCUGACCUGUGAGGCGACAGCUCCGCCAUCCUGCUUUGCUGCUCUGUCUCACGUCAGCCUGAUGGCCCAGAUGCAUGAGGCGGUGCCAGCAAAGGGGUCAUGGUGGUGACAUGCAACCUGGGUUUGGUGAACAACAGCGGGACUGUUGAGUGCUCCUCCGUACACUGUCACUCACCCUGUUCAACACAGCCGGAUGCUGAUCGCCUCGAAAUGCAGGGAAAACGCGACCUUAAUCAGUUCUCUUUCAUGGCAAAUAUUCACACAUGUAUAUAUUCCAAAGUGUGGCACUAGAGGGCCACCUAAGGCCUUAGCUAGUGAAAGGCACGCUUUCUGAUGUCAGGAUCAGCGCUGUCACACAGCUGGAAUCUCCUACAUUAAAUCUCAGCAGUCACUCGGGUCUAUACCAUUAAAGGAGAGCAUUGUGGCGCCUCCUACAGGAUCUGCCAAAUACUGGGAGCAACAGGAGAGCAGCAUCAAAAUGAACAUAGAGUUUUGACUUUUAAUUAAUGCAGAAUGAGAAAUGUGUGUGUGUGUGUGUGUGUGUGUGUGUGUGUGUGUGUGUGUCUGUGACACGAUUAAACAUGAAAUUGUCUGUACAUUAUCCAUAUAUGUAGGAAUCCAUAUGUCAUUAUUCCCCUACCUCCACCCCCUCCCAUUUUUAGUUCUGUGGGUGUCAGUAUGCCAUGUUCUUCUGCUGGCCUCAUUAGAACAGUGGGAGGUGUAUUUAUGAAGCAUGCAAGCAAGCAGCUAUGACUCACAGACACAAUUUUACCAUAAGCAAACCAGAUUUUUUUAUAAAAUAUAUUACUGAUAUGUUGAUAAAAACCACUUUUAAUAUUAUUAUUAAUAAACAUAUUUUAUUAUUAUGUUGCUACUAAUAAACUAUUUUGUAUGUAAUGAGCUACUUUUUACAAUGUUUUGAGGUACUUGAUAAGUAUUGGGGUCACAUGUGAUGCUCAUGAAGCUUUUUGAUUUGGGCAAACCAGCUACACUCCUUACUUAAUGCAUUCAUUAUUAUUAAGGUACUCAUCUAAUAUCUUUUGUGCUCAUCCUUAUUAUUGUAGCUUUCUUUGUUAAUGUUUUAACAGGCGGGAAAUUACAGUAACUCCUUCACAUUUGCCAGGGUUAGCAGCAGAAGAUCACCACUAAUGUAAAAAUUCGCAAAUAAUGCUUGUGCCCAUUACUAAAAACACAAAAUUAAUGUUACUGAGAAGUUUAAAAGUUUCUGCAAGAAAGGCUAGAUUCCACGGUCACAAAAAUAUUAUGUGGAUCAAAAUUUAAACCUCAUACACCUGAGACAAAUCGCCCCAAAACUGAAGCAGCAGAGGAUGGGUGAGGAUGGUUGACGAGACAAAGAUGCACAGGAUGCACAUGUGGACAAGAUGCGUAAACCCCGCAAUUUUGCAAUAACUUUUGAUAUAAAAAUAUAUAAGCUGUGCCUUACACUAAGAAAUAUUAAAUGAACAUUUAUAUAUUAAAUAUACGUUUAUUAACAUUGAAUGCAUUAAAUAAUGAUUUGGAUGACAUACGAUUAUCAGUAUUAUUAAUGGCUUAUUUUUGGUUUCUUGGCAAGCUCCAAAAAUAUUCACAAUUAAUUGUUCGUCGUCAAAAACAUCAAUGUCAAAUUUGCGAAUCUGAAGGGGAGACUGCACUGGUUUUUUAAUAGAUUUUAUUUAAGUUGUUUUGAAAGCUGUGUUUUGUGAAUAUCAUGCGAUAUAUUUAUAAUUAUGAAUACAUGUUUUUUAUGUCUAUUUCAUAUGCUUGCCCUAUUUGAAAUGCCAGAAAUACCAAUUUUACAUUAGUUUUUUACAUAUUUUCUUGGACGAGCUACAUACACAGAAUGAAUGUAUAAAAUUAAGUUUUUGUACCUGAAUUACUUAUUUGUAACUUUAUUAUUCGAAUUAAAGGGGAAAAUAAGAUACUUCUGACUAUGAAUUGUUUUUAAUCUAGGCUACCUGAUAUUCAUGCGAAGGGCAGUGAUUGUAUUGUGGCAGGAACAGAGGAAGGCGUCGAGGUGCUUUCUCUGAAUCGAAAGGGUCCUUCCCAGAAGAUAAACUAAAUGCGUUUUUUUUCAUCGUUAUUUCUUGGAAGAGCAUGCUACAGCUUCCUUCGUAUGGGCUACACAUCGUGAUCAUUAGUUACUAAUCUUACCAUAGUUUGUAUUCUCUCUUGUUUAAACGGCUGGUGUUUUUUUUCACUGAGGUUACAAAACUGCAUACUUUGCACAUUUCUUAACCUUUAAAGGUAGGGU